CCACUGUUCCUUUUCUCCGGCCGUUGUCUACACUGGAUCGUUCUUGCAAACAGAAGCUUCACGCUACUGAUACUAGUUUACCUGUUCUACGCUCUGCCUCUCGCUCGCCAAGCUGCCUGCCCCUGUCACCACUGCGAGGAAUCGUGAUCCCCUCCGCAUCUCACGGCACAUCUGCCUUCUCAUCAUCCAACCUCGUCGUUCCUGCCUUGCACGCCCACCUUGCUUAUGCCAUCUUCCAGUUCUGACACACCCCCAGUCCAGGAUCCAGCUACAAUUUCUCAACCUGUACCAUCGCCUACGCUCUUGGUACCCUCGCAUUCUUCUAAGAUGACGAAACUUGACAUCCCCGCUUUCUCUGGGCCACUCGAACCAGCAACCAUUAAUGCCUGGCUUGGACGUUGUGAGGACUCUUACCUCGCAUGGUCUGCCUUGAAUGCAGGUCAAGUUAUGCCUUCGCAACUUCGCAUCGUGCUCGCUGGACUCAAGCUCGAAGAAUACAACACUAGCCUCUGGUGGAGCGAGAAUCGUGAUGUACUCAAACAGCUUGCCACUUGGGAGGCCUUCGCCUUGUGUUUCAAAGACCGUUUCAUCCCCUCUGGCUGGCGUCUAGAUGCUCUCGCCUGCUUCUACAAUGUGUCGCAGGGCGCUGAUGACUUUCGCUCGUUCGUCGCUACCUUGCGAGUGGCUCGGAACACACUUAGCUCAGCAGGCCUUGGAUACACUAUCACUGACUCGAUCUUCAAGAACCACCUUUUGUUUUUUGCCCACCCCAUCCUUCAACUGCGUAUUCGUGCAAUGCCGAAUCUUGGGUACGAGAACUUGAAGGUGGACACGCUUAUCGAUGUCAUGGCAACUACUUGGUCUAGUCUCGUCGCGGAAGGCCUCACAAAGUCAAUUUCUCCUAGACUGGUGUUUAAAGCUUCCUCGGCAUCGCCGCCUGUGCCCACAUCGAAGCCUGCAUACCCACUUCCAGAUCUCAGUUACGCAGAGCGGGAAGCAUUGCGCUCUGUUGGAGGUUGCUUUCACUGUCGCUUAUCGCCAUCUGACGCUGUCUGGAAACCACACAUCGCUCGUGAAUGUCCUGGUGACGUGAAACAAGGAAUUCCCCCACGUGUCCCUCGUCCGGCGACAACUGUAGCAGUGGUCGGUAUACCUGAAGGAUGCAAGGAAGUCUAUUUGACGCAUGGCAACCCCGGUGUCACAGAUUUCUCUGACCCUAAUGCUGGUCUUGUCGCUGCUCUUAUACCCAAAGAUGUCAUCAUGCCUUCCUGUGUUCUCGAAGGCGACUCUGACAGUGAUGACUCAGAUUACUAAUAUUUGUUCCUUUAAUUGUUUGACAGUUUUUUUUUUCAUUUCUGAGUCGCCGAUGUUUAGCUUUUGUCCCAUGACCCUCCCGCCUUUCGUAUACCUGCAGACUACUAGUAUCAGACAUCAAUGCAUCA